UUUAAAAAUCUUUGAAAUCGUUUCCUUCUAUUCACAUCGGCUUAUCUUUUGAGUGUACUCAAAGCUUCCAGUUCCAUGUCUUCUAACAAACCAUCUUCAAUGCCUUCAAACCCUAAUCCAAGAAGUUCCGAAAUCAGUAACCCCAUGAGAAGGAGUUUCACUGGAAACCCCUUCAACAAACCCUCAAUUGUCCCAAUUCAUGGAGCCAAAACUCCCGCCAACAGCCCUUUAGAUUUUUCUAGAAGAGGCUCUGGUGUGGUUCGUGAAAGCGGUGGGUCGCUGAGGGACUCCUUGGAUGACAAAGAAAAUGGGAAAGAUCAAAUUUUGAAACCUGUGAAGGUUCGAUCACCAGCUGUUUCCUCAAAGGGCUCAAAGAAUUUCAUGUCUCCAACCAUUUCUGCUUCCUGCAAGAUCAAUGAGUCUCCCCGAAAGAGAGUCCUAACUGAGCGGAACGAGAUGGUUCCAAGUCCCGUGGACUCGAAAAGCCACGUUCGUAAGGUAACUUUUUCUGAUCCCUUGGAGGAAGGCCCCAGAUCUUCCUUGACUAGUGAGGAUUUGAGUGGUGACAGUGAAACUUUGAUGUCAAAGAAUGAUGCAGAUUCGUCUUUUGAAACUGUCAAUAGCUUGAAUGUGAAUAAUCUUCUGGUUCCAGAGGAUGACAUUCACACUGAACCAUCGUUUGAAAAUGAGCCUGAUUUUGUUAACCUUGACCCUACUUUUAAGCUUAGCCCCACUGCCACCCCUCCUGUUUCAUUGAAAGCUACCGUGGUUGCCCCUCUUGGUGCAGAUCCCUUGAUACCUCCUUAUGACCCUAAAACCAACUACCUCUCCCCCAGACCGCAGUUUCUUCACUACAAACCUAAAUCACGAAUUGAAAUCUUUAGGGAAAGGGAAUUAGAGGACAGCUUCAUAUCUGGAAGCUUUUCGGAUUCAGAAAUCACGGAGGAUACGCAAUCUGAAGGCUCGCAGAAGGAAUCGGAUGUUUCUUCGGAUGAAAUUGUUAAGGAAGAAGAGUGUGGCCAGAUCUCCGAAUCGAGUCCUGCUAAGGAGACUCUCAUACCAGAAAUAUUUGCUGAAGCAAAAGAAGUGCCAAAACCACGUUUCACAGUGAGAGCUAAGGCUGUUGCUCUGAUUUUGCUUCUUGCAGUUGCUUUUCUGUCGAUCUCGGUCACAGAUCCUCCCGUAAUUGAUCGAACUGUGUUUGAAGACCUCUACAGGGUUUAUGAAUCCUCUGAAUUUUCAGUGUUUACAAGAGAUAAAUUUGAUCAACUCACCCAGUCUGCAGAAACAAAUUUUGAUGAGAUAGCUCAAAAUUUGCAAGUUUGGUUUACGAAGUUGCUGUCAUCAUUAUCUGAUUUUGUUUCCGAUAUUAGAGGAGCACACAACAUGGCCAAGUUGCAAUAUUAUAAUUUGACGUUUCAGCAGGAUGAUUCCAUGGUGAAUCAGUAUCCUAUAUUUGGUGGCGGUGAAAAUGAAAUUGGUGAGACUCACGCACCAAUAUGGGACAUCGAAGGAAGUGUUGUUGCCGCAGAUAUUGUCAGUGAUUACAUUGAGGAGGAUAUUUCCGAGGAGCAUUAUGAAGUACAUGAAGAACAAGUUCGGCGAGAUAUUGCAACAGUUGCUGAAGUUGAAAAUGUUUUGCAUGCUCCAGAACCAGAGCAGCUGGCUGAAGCAGGAAGCUUAGAUAUUGCUACAAUUACUGGAGUUGAAAAUGUUUUGGAUGCUCCAGAAUCAGAUGAAGUGGGAAACUUGGAAGAAUCAGAGCAGCUGGCUGAAGUGGGAAACUUGGAAGAAAACCUGGCACAAGAAGCUGAGACUAACUUAAAUGUUGAAAAUCAGCAAAGUUUGAAUUCGAAGGUUGCUGAAAUUAGUGAUGAAGCGUAUGACUCAGUUACGGGUCAGGCACAAGAGUAUGAUGUCAGCAAGCAAGGUUUGGAUUCUGAUGUUGCUAAGGUGAAUGCUGAUGUAGCAGAGGAAAAAUCAACAAGCAUAGAUGCUGCAGUCAAAGGGAAUGAAGGGCAAUUAGAAGCAAUUCACGAUUCACAUGUGUUGAUAUAUCUAGUUCUCGGUGCUGGUACUCUUAUAAUUGCAGGUGCAGGUAUCAACUGGUCUAGGAAGGGGAAAAGCAAAAGCAAGAACUCCAUGAAGCAACCUCUGGAGUUGCAUAAGGUCUCCUUUCCAUCUAAUAACCAGCAGAUUUCGCCAGAGAAGUCAAGUGGGCCCAUAGAAAUGGACGUGAUUGAAGAUUCUUCAGAAACGAGCAGCUUUCAGCAAAGCUCGUUCUACAGCGAAAAUGUAGCGAAUGAAAGUCACAAACCAGGCCCUGAGAAGAAGCGUAAGAGUAACGACAGGAGAGAAUCUUUGGCCUCUUCUUCAUCAGACUAUUCCACGGGUUCCCAGUCGUAUGGGAGCUUAACGGUGUACGAGAAAAUUUCAAUGAAGCAGGGACAAGGAGAUGAUAAUGUGAUCACUACCCCUGUUAGGCGUUCAAGUAGAAUUAGAAACAAAGUCACUUCUCCUUCUUAGCCGGAUUUUGGGUUAGUGUGUGUUUUGGUCCAUGGGUGUGCAGUGUCAUUGAACUGAAAUGGAAAACCAACACAAUCCUUAGUGUUAACGAAGGAUUAGAUUAGAAAGCUUUACCAAUUUCUCCUUUGUAAGCUGACCACCAUAAGCUGUUACUGUAAGCAGAAGUGUCCUAUCUUCUGAAUCUUGACUCUGUAGCAGAUGAAAUUUAUUGUUGAGCGAAUCACUGAUUGUUUAUUGAUUUGUUUUAUAUAUCACCAACUGCAUUUUCCUUCUUA